AUGAAUAACAUACCUAAGUCAACCGAAUUCUGGAACUCUUUGUUAAAUUCUGGCGACGAUUUCUGUGGGCCCGAAGUUUCGAGUCGUGAGGAUGGUGAGUGCUUCAAAUUUCUGUCUAACAAAACGAUGGCGUCUGUUUGGCGUGAAGCCCCUGAUUUUGAUGCCAACAACUCCACCCCUUCCAUCAAGGACUUGCCUCCGGAGUCAUUAUUUCCUGAUCUAUCACUUUCUUGGAGUGCAAGGCCCUUUAAUAAGUUGUGGAGCCCUUCGGGGGUUACAAGCGUUGAUUGGUCAGUGUCUUCCAAAAGUCCGUGGCAGAAUGACACUUUUGAAAACGAUAGUAACAAAUCUCAAGUGGCUGCUUCUUUCCAUGCUACAAACCCCACUGAUGUGCUUUCUACCACGUCAUGUGAUAAUGUCUUUCAAAAUAUUUGGGCGACAACGUUGGAACGACGUUCUUUAAUUGGCAACACAAAUCCAUCUGAUCCCGAGCCUGGUCGCACUGGAACUGUAGCUGCAGAGACUUCAGUGCUUUCCACCAAUCAGCCUCAUUCUUCUACUCAGGAAUUAUUCCAAGAUCAGCGAAAUAUUCAACAUGAUAAACCUGUUAUUGCAGUUGUCGAUAAAGUUGCUAACGAAGGUCAUAGUGAUAUAAUUAGCCAACUGAUUAAUACUAAUGAGGGUUGGGGUUCGCGGGGCAUCGACCAGUCAACCCGCUGGGACUCCGCGAUGGGAGAGGAAGAAUCAACCACUGAUGGAGCACAUAACGGACUUGUACCUGUUUUCCUUACUUCCCAUCAACUCUCUAAUCGCCAACAAGAGUCAAAUGUCUGGACAAAUGAGCCACCAACUGGGACGGGUAUCUGGGAAUUACAUUACGAACAAAUGGCCAACAAAACUGCACGUUGUCAACAACAGGAACAUGAAAUUCCUCAAUCUGGAGGUCGUAACACAUCUCCUUCUUCUUCUUCAUCACCGCAUCCUUUGAAUGCCGGCCCUUUCAUCCAUCAACAGCCAAUGCCUCAAAGUGGUGGUGCUGACUUUGGAUUUUGGGGCAAUCGGGCUGGUGGAAGACUCCAGGGUCACGUGGCGCCUCCGUUGUCACAUUUUGACAGUUCCGUAGCGAAUACUUUCGCGUCGGCGUUUCGCCGGCCAGUUUUGGGUGGAUCCUCUUCAAGUCGGCCGUCAGAUGAAAGUAGACUUUGCGUGGAUACGAACUGGUCUGGCGGAACGGGUUGGCCGCCCAUCGAUAGUAAUGAUAAGACAACCUGGAUGUCCGUUGCUGUCAGUAGAUCAGGGCCCUUUUUUCCUGCAUCCGACGACUCGGACCAGCAGCCGCAAAAUUCAGAUAGCUGUGGGUCCACCACGCCAGGGGUUCACCCCUACAGCCACACAUAUCGAGCUGAUCUCGUUCGUUAUUUCGUCCAACUGGGAUACCGCAAAGAGGAAGUUCAGGCUGUCCUCAUCGAGUGCAAUAUGGACAUUGAUCGAUCGUUGGCGUUACUGCGACAGCGUUACCGUGGCACGGGAAUAUUCCGUCCUCCACUUUCUCACAGAACGUUGUCAUCUUCUGGACAAAUUGGACCGCCUCCUGUGUUUGGACGUAGUGUUUCGGGACUACCGGUUCGCCCCUCUACCGGCGGCUGCAAAGGCAUGCCAGUGAGUUCGCAUUCUUUCACAGCCCUCAACAACGGCAAAAUGCCCGGGCUGGGGCAGGAUUCUUUCUCACUGUCUCACUACUCAUCCCUUCUGGGUUUGCCACCACCUCAGGAGAACACGCCGUCCGCUUCCUCCAACACCGCUGCCAUCCGUGGACGCGUUGGUCACUGGCCACCGUCGCCCACAGCCAACCCCUCCGUUUUUCCGGGUGUUGCAGAUCUACAGAAGAAAAGACAGGAAAUUGUGCGACAGAUGCAAUUAUACCGCAAUAACGCGGCUCUCUGCUCACAACCACAGUACACAGCUCUUCUCAACGAGUUAUCUGCCCAAUUACAACACGUUGAAUCUCAAAUCUGUGCCAAAGAGGCCGCUGGCUAUUCAUCAGCUGCCUUGUGUGGAGUCGUUGACGCCCCCGGCGCCGACGAUGAUGGGCGCUCCUUCAACUCCGCCUCCCUUAACCAGCGCCUCCACGACAUGCGGAUUCUUGGCGGCGGUGGUGGUGGUGGCGGCUCUCCGUGCAACAACAAUCCGCCCUCUCCCCGUUCCGGCUACAAGCCCCCACUGAACGGUUUUCGAAACCCACGUGGUGGCGACGGCUGGCUGCUGAUUCGUUGUCCUCCGACGGCAACUGCUGCGUUUGAAUCCAUGUUAUCACAGAUGCCGGGUUUUCUACAAUUCCACAAUCUAGAGAGUCGUUGCAUGUGCCUGGCUCGUUUUAUCUCCUCCGAAACUGCGAUGGAGGCGGCUUUUCAUUUGGGUGUCGGUGGUAGCUCCACAGUCGCCGUAGAUCCCAUUGCAGAGCGCUACGCUCAAGUUCUCCUCAUGGAUGCGAUGGCCGCAGGAAAAUAG